GUUCCUCGAACAAGACGACUAACCUCCCUGGUGUUGGACAGCGAUUUCCUCGUUUUUCGUUUGCUUUAACAGCUGGCACGUUGCGCAGGAAGGCACAACUGAGACAUGGUUUCUCUUCACCGUCUAUCUCCUUGUGGCCAUCAGUGAACAAUUCACCUAGAAACCACAUCCACCCCAUGACAACAGAGGGUCCAACAGCAGAUUAUUUGCCAUGUCGCUUGUGUUGAAGCCCAAAAAACAACGGCGCAGACAGCGAGGUCGCAGAGGCAAAGGCUCGGUGACGAUCAACAGUUUACCCCCGGGAAGAGCUCCUGUAGGAUUGCAUCAUCUUCACUCUCCCGACAAGCGUACUCAGACCACCGAGUGGCUCAAUAACGUAUCACCCAUCGCGUCUCUACAGUCACUCACGCCAAUCCGUCUUCCUCACCUACCCACAACUCCUGCUUCUCGCCAAAGAGCUCAUUCGCUUUCAUUGCCACUGCCACCGUCUUCUGGAACGAUAUUAGAACAGUCCCCUGUCAUACUUUGGGGGUCCCCAGCGCGUGUACUCGCAGCUUCAACCCCGAAGCAGUGUUCUAUUUCGUUAGACUUGUCCAAAGACGCUCCAUCGAUAAUAAGUACUACUCAUCAAGCAGCAAGCUAUCAGUCUUCCCCAACUAUGGCGUCACGGAAGUUUCCUUACCGUCAACAAGUCUUUGCUGCUUGUAGUCAGCCAGAUCUCGGACAGACUGACGACCAUGAGCUCCAUAAUUUGGAUGACCUUGCCUCCUCUCAGCCUAUUCCUCUACUUGAGUUAUGCCUGAAGCAAAGCUCAAGAAACAAAGGUGCACGGGCCCAGAGGCAAUAUAUGUUAGAGAGUGCGGCUGGUGUUAGUACCAGGGUAGUAAGCAGCGGCGAUGAAGAUCUCGCUUCUUCGCGCUUUUCCACCUUGCGUGGAUCCAUCAACAAUGCCUUUGAGAUUUGCGAAGAUCAGUCAAGUACUGAGGCUAUCGAAGCUCGAGAAUAUGGCGAUAUGUCGUUUGAUCCAGUCCUCGAUGCAGAGGAAACCGCAUCACUACUGCAUGCAAUAGACUCGCCGAGGUCCCCGUCACGCCCAUCGUCUAGACGCCAUGCUAAUAUUACUGGUCUUGAUGAUAGCUCUCAGAAGCCCUCUACGCCUACGCGUGUUAAGAGGUAUAACUACAGCGAAUCAUAUCUCGACUCUAUUCAUGAAGGAGGAGACUCCGAAAUCCGACCCAGUGCCAGUACCCAGUACAACCCUUCGGCGCGUUAUUCUCGAGUUUACCAGUCCAGUGACAGCGACAUCGAUUCCUUCAAUGAUCAAAUAACACCUAAACGCUUGAAAAGACAUAUUCUCAGCGAGGCGAAAUCUGACCAAGGCUGGUACGGAGCUGGCAAUGGGCCUAUCCUGCAAAAUCCUCUGAACUACCUGAAAAGCUCCAGCUAUUCUCACUCGGGCUCACACCCCCAAUCCCGCAGCUGCAUUUCGGAGAGCCCAUUCCAACGACGCGGCGAUAAUGCUAGUGGUGAUCGGGCAGUCUGGCCAGUGGACUUGUCCAGCCAGAGAUCCUCUUGCGAGGGACCCAAGACAGGAUCUUUUAGUCACGAUUCUGCGUCUGAGGAAUCAUGUCCCCUUUCGUCAUCUCUGCAUUUGUACGGCGCAAACUUCGAUCAGACGUAUAAUCGUUCCCCCUAUGAAUCUUCACGAAUCCAACAAGAGCGUUUCAAGCGUGCCGAGUCUCGCAGAAUCUCGUCGGGCUUGCAGUUUCCGAUGUCUGGAUCUCAGCAAGGAUAUAGCUCAGACUACACAUCUAAGGGAAACACUCUGGCUUCAGGAUUCUCGAGCGUUGCCCCUGCCGCACGGCCUGGAACACUUCAGUGUCCGGAGUCCAGUAAAUCUUCGUAUCGUGCUUCCAGUCAACCCCAGGCGACAGACGCGCAGAAGAAUAUCCCUUCGAGCAAUGGCAGUAGUAGCUUGUCCGCUGAGGAGAAACGACGGAUCUUCAAAGAAGAAGUCAACGCCCUGCUUAAAAGUACUGCCGAGGGGCCCAGAAACACCAGGACACAAGGUACCGCAGAAGAGGCCACAGUAGUUUCUCAUAAAGUCAAGGCACCUAGCACUGACGAGUCUCGAGCAAGUGCCUUUGCAAGUGCUGUUGCGCCAACCCACUCGGAUGCUUCCGUGUACACUGGAAAGCAGAAACUACAACCAGAGGAGGCUGCGACGACCACUUGGCAUCUUCUUGAGAGGGCCACUCUAGACCUUGAUAAAGGAGCAACGGCUAACAACUGGCCUCCAAUGCCUCGAUACAUGCCUCAAAAUAUCUAUCAAGCAAGGCGUUUUGGGGCAUGGGGCAACUCGCCCAAUACGAGUUCCUUUUCUGUGGACGUCCAGCAGUCUUCGGGGCUGGUGUCUUCAUCUAAAGCACGAGAUGUCAUCAAUAGAGCUACCACACUGGAUCUCAAGGCACAGGCUUCGGCUUAUAUCAAGAGCCAGAUCUUUUCAUCCGGGUGUGGCACACAAAGCAGCAUCAAGCCCGCACUCGGGCACGUUCCAGGUUCAUCCGUGAAAAGCGAGAGCAAGCCUAUGAAGCCUCCGCCUGGGCUGUCCAAACCUGCAAGUCAGUUGACAAAACGGCCUGCCUGGUACGUGGACAGCCUGAUUCAGAACCAGGCCAGGCUGGAUGAGUCCAACGCCUGGUUUCGGCGGGAUAGUCGCGGGGAAGAAACCAUUCGCGCCCAGGUUGCCUUGUUCGCUCAGGACCAUAGUGAGAAACUCAAGAAACGAGGGUAUUCGACAGAGGACUGCAAGUCUGCGAGGCAAAUGAGUGAACUUAUGGGCAAUGCGCUUGUUAACUUGACCUCGUAUGUCCUGGGAGACCGAGAGCAGCAGAUCGGCAAUUUUGCAGACUUUACGCCAGCACCAUCCGACUGCUCCUCGCCAAGUUCUGAUAAGCAUCGAACUUUUUUCGAACUGGAUUGGUGUACCAACGGCGGGGCAUCGCUUGGUCGAGAGUCUUUGCCAUCUGCCAAUUUCGGCCACUUUGCUCGACGCAGAACUUCUUCAGCGACCAAUCCUUAUACUGUCCUUGAGGAAGACUCUGACAUUGACUCUAUGGGCGGUGCGUGGUGAAAUGGGAUGGAGACUCGUAGUCAUAGGUGUCUGCCAAAACUGGCACCAGCUUCUCCCCGCCUAAUGAGGAGGCCGCUUGUACAAUGUCUUUCCAUCUGAACUUACCACAGCAUGCUCACAUCUUGCAAGCAAAAGGAGUUUGUAGCUCAACGGCUUAUGGAGGAUUUCUUAUCAGGAAGUGAUUGUCUACAUGGUCUGCCCGGUGGAUUCGCUG